AUGCUGAUUACCUCGUCCAUCGUUCUUCUGGCCACGGCAGCCGGCGUCAGUGCCCAGUACCGGCUGACAAGAACCUACGACCGCAACAAUUUCUUCGACCAGUUCCACUUCCGAGAUGCAGCAUACUUCCAACGCCUCAUCGGGGUGAACGACCCUACCAACGGCUUUGUCGAGUACGUCAGCGCCUCGGAGGCCACGCGGGCGGGUCUGGCCGAGUACCGAGGCAACCAGAUCUACGUCGGCGCCGACAGCAAGGCCACGGUGCCCACCUCGGGCAUCGGCCGGAAGAGCGUGCGGCUGGAGUCCAAGCAGACGUUCGACACUGGCCUUCUGAUUGCCGACAUCCAGCACAUGCCGGGGAACGCAUGCGGCGUGUGGCCCGCCUUCUGGAGCUUCAACUUUGCAGAGAGCCCCUACAGCGAGAUCGACAUCCUCGAGGGCAACGGGUGGACGAGGCAGUCGGCCAACACGGUCUCGCUCCACACCUGCGGCACGUGCAGCUUCCCCAGCCUGCAGGGUCCGGAGCUUAGGAAGGACUGCGACCUGCACGCCGGGGCCAACUGCGAAGGGGGUGACAACCCUGCCGGUUGCGGCGUGGACGGGGCCGCGAACUCGUUCGGGUCCGGGUUCAACAGCAACAAUGGCGGCGCCUACGCCACGCUCCUCGACAGCAGCGGCAUCAAGAUCUGGUUCUUCCCGCGCUCCCGCAUCCCUUCGGACAUUGUAAGCGGGCGGCCGAUCCCCUCCGUAACGCAGUGGGGAGCGCCACAGGCCAGCUUCCAGUCCGGUGGCUCCUGCAACGUCGCUCAGCGGUUCAGCAACCAGACCAUCAUCAUCAACACGGCGUUUUGCGGCGACAUCAUCUACGACUGGACGGAGCAGACCGAGGGCAAUUCCCAGUGCCGCUCUGCUCCUGGCGGAUCGUGCGAGGCGUACGUGGGACGGAAUCCUCAGGCUUACGCCGAGGCGUACUGGCUGUUCAAUUCUAUCAAGCUGUACCAGCAGUAGUGGCUGUUUUAUACGUAGUUUCGUUGCCGAGAAGCUCCCUUUGCCAAGCC